GUAUGGGAGGGUGGUUAGUGGCGCUGCUGAGGCAUGGUUGGUGUUUACUAGUCACUGCUAACAUAUAGUUAGUGGGGUUAGUGGUUACUAGUCAGGCAACAUGGCGAAGUUUAUGAGUGUGAUUUUGGUAGUGUUUAUAUUAUUAGUUACAACAGAAGUUCCUGAGAUCUAUGGACAUAGUGUUAAAUCACUUUAUGUGACACCGCGUAAGGAAACUAGAAAUACACAUACAUUCGAGGCACAAAGUUUAGUGUCUGAUUCAACCGGUGUUUGGAAAUCAUAUUCCUUGACAAGUCACAAUUUGCUCAAGAGGUCUGCAUUAUUGGAAACCAACAUCACGACCAAUGUUUUCCAUCUAAAUGAUAGUCAUCAGCAGUUGAUGGUGCACUGGGCUGGUGAGGGAUCAGAUGUUAUUUUAUGUCUGGCUCGGGAUUCCCCUAGAUUGGGCGUAGGAGCCAAGAGUCAACCCUCAGCAGUGUAUAUCUCAUAUGACUAUGGAAACAGGUUUGAGAACAAGACUGAGGAUUUCAGGCUGGAAGGCAAACAGUUUCCCUAUGCAUUUUUGGAAAAAUUUUUCAUUCACCCUAAGUAUAAUUCUCAUUGUGUAUUUACAGAUCCUCUGAAUCAAGUAAUUUUUGUAACAAAAAAUUAUGGAAGAAACAUCACAAGGAUGAAUGUUACAUUCUCUCCAUCAGAAGUUUCUUUUCAUGAAGAUGAACCACUGACCUUCCUUGUCUUUGAUAAAGUAGAUCCUAUAAAACGGCUGUGGAUAACAAGAGACUAUGGGCAGACCUUCUCAGUGGUCCAGGAGUAUGUGAAAGCAUUCUUUUGGUCCAGUGCAGAUACCGAUGGAAAACCAAGGCUUCUGUAUGUGGAACGUGAGGAACCCAGUGGAACAUCAACAGUCUUGGCAUUAUCUGCCAUGGAUGAAGGACGAAAUUAUGUAGUGCUCAUUCGUGGAGUGGAAGACUUUCAAGUCAGAGAUGACUUCAUGUUUGCAACUAAAAGGGUUGAUAAGAACAACUUGGAUCUCUAUGUUUCAUACAAACAAGGACACUUUAUGCGAGCGCGUUUCCAAUCUGAGCUGGAUCGUCGAGCAUAUCAUGUGGCAGAUGUGAGUGAUGGACAAGUGAUGGUGGUUGUGAAUCACACGGAUAUGCUUACCAACCUCUAUGUGUCACAGCUAAAGGAUUCUUCGGGCAUACAGUUUGCCCUCUCACUUGAACGAAUAUUCUGUUAUUUUCCAAACUCCACCUGGAUGGGCAACUGGUUGAGUGAUGUGGUGGAUGAAUCCUUUGCUGAUCUUACCAAGGUACAAGGACUGCGUGGGAUCUAUAUUGCAUCUCAGAUUACCUUGUCAACUGGAAUAAGCCGUGUGGGACCAGAACACAUCUCAACUUAUAUUACAUUUGACCGUGGUGUGGAAUGGAGACCUCUGGAGGCCCCUAUGUUUGAUGAUGAAGGCCAGCCAAUUGCAUGUGUGAUGGCUGGCAACUGUUCUCUGCACUUGUCGCAAAGGUUCUCUCAGUUGUACCCUGUGACUCGCUCUGUUCCUAUCCUUACUACCAAGUCAGCUCCUGGUAUCAUUAUUGCUAUGGGCACUGUAGGAACAUCUCUGAAAGGCCAUCCUGGCGUGUUCCUUAGUCGUGAUGCAGGUCUUACAUGGAGGCAGGUGUUUCGAGACUACUACUACUUCAAUGCUGGGGAUCAUGGCGGUGUUCUGGUAGCAGUUAAGUACUUCAGAUCACAAGGGGAGACUCGAGAUCUUCUGUACUCUACAGAUGAAGGAGAAAAUUGGUACAAACACAGCUUCCAUGCUGAAGAUCUACGGAUUUAUGGCCUUAUGACUGAGCCUGGUGAAAAUACGACUGUUUUCACCAUGUUUGGUUCUGCAAUAGGACAUCAUCAGUGGCUAAUAGUUAAGGUGGACCUAAGCAAGGCUUUUGGUUAUAACUGUACUGAUGAGGAUUACAAAUUCUGGUCACCAAGUGCUGGCAAUGGCAGCUAUAUGCCGUGUGUGCUGGGUCGCAAAGAGACAUACCAGCGGCGCAUUCCUCACUCAAACUGCUUCAAUGGUCGCAAUUAUGAUCGUCCUAUUAAGAUGGAAAUUUGUGAAUGUGGUGUAGAAGAUUAUGAUUGUGAUGUUGGAUUCAUGAGGACCACGUCUACAGGGUUGUGCAUCCGUAACAGAACAACUGAUCUAGAUCCGUAUAAGCCCCCCUCUUCUUGUCAACCAGGAGAGACUUACGAACGUACUAAGGGCUAUGUUAAAAUUGCUGGUGAUGUCUGCACGGUUAGCAAUGAUGAUCAGUUCAGACCAGAUAAAAUUCCUUGCCGUGUUGAUGAGGAGCAAGAAUUUCUCCUUCUUGCACAACGAGAUAAGAUUACACGAAUAAAUUUGGACACUGACAGUACCCUUGAGCCACUACCAAUUUUUGGUCUCAAAAAUGUCAUUGCCAUUGAUUUUGACAUGCGUAACAACUGUGUGUACUGGGCCGACAUUAUUACAGACUCUAUCGGUCGACAGUGCUUGAAUGGAAAGAAGGAACCAGAAAUUCUCGUGGAAACAGAAUUGUCAUCCAUUGAAGGGAUGGCUCUGGAUUGGGUGUCCAAUGUGUUGUACUUUGUUGAUGGCAUGCGAGCUAAAAUAGAAAUUAUUCGUACAGACAUAGAUCAUGAGGGUCGCAUGCGUAGGACUAUACUUGGUCCUGACAAGCUGAUGAAACCUCGUGGCAUUGCUGUUCAUCCAGUGAAAGGGUACAUGUUUUGGACUGACUGGGCACCAGGGGACCCUAGUGUGAAUAGGGCAGAACUAGACGGUAGUAAUGUUAAACGUCUGUUCAAGAAACCUGUUGUGGAAUGGCCGAAUGGUGUGACUAUUGAUCACAUUGCAGAGAGAAUCUACUGGGUUGAUGCACGUGAAGAUUACAUUGCUUCUGCCAACUUGGAUGGACAUAGAUUUAAUAAAAUAAUUGCUAAUAAUGAAUAUGUGGCACACCCAUUUGCUGUGGCAGUUUUCAAGGACAAUCUCUACUGGGAUGACUGGAAACAAAAUUCAGUGUUUUCAGCAGACAAGGAUCAUGGAGUAGGGAUUGUUAGACUUCAAAGUGGGCUGCAGGGACUCAUGGACUUGAAGGUAUUUGCUCAUGGUAUCCAAGAAGGGACAAAUGCUUGUAACAACCAGUCCAAGACUGUGUGUUCCCACCUGUGCCUAGGAAAGCCUCAUGGCCAGCAUGUUUGCCUGUGUCCUGAUGGGAUGGAGUUAAGCGAGACUGGGGAGUGCAUGUGUCCAGGAAGGCAGCUUCCUAAUAAUAAUGGAAAUUGUCCUAAAGCAAAUAGCACCUGUUCAUCAGAUUUCUUCACCUGUGGUAAUGGGUUGUGUAUCCCAAAGUUGUGGAAUUGUGAUGGGGAGAAUGACUGUGCAGAUGGAUCGGAUGAAGUGGGAUGUAGGCACACGACUUGUGAGGCCAACAUGUUUACAUGCAAGGAUGGGAAGUGCAUCCCACUUUAUUGGGUUUGUGACUUUGAUCGUGAUUGCCCUGAUGGGAGUGAUGAAGGUGGAUGCAUACGCCUGAAUUGCACUUCUGAAGAGUUUCGUUGUGAUAAUGGGCGAUGUAUAUCAUUACGUUGGCGUUGUGAUGGUGAGGAUGACUGCAAAGAUAGAUCUGACGAAAGCAAUUGUUCAAGCCCAAAACCUCCGGCUGCUUGCAAAUCGGGAGAGUUCCAGUGCAGCUCUACCAAGCAGUGCAUACCAAAUUCUUGGCGCUGUGAUGGUGAACAUGAUUGUUCUGACUCAUCUGAUGAAAAGAACUGUAAGAACAAGACUUGUGAACCAUGGCAAUUUCAGUGUAAGAAUGAGCGUUGCAUAUACAGUUCAUGGAGAUGUGACGGAGACAAUGACUGUCAUGAUCGCCCUGGACAAAUUGGUUCAGAUGAGGAGAACUGUACAUCCAUUGUACGACCAACACUGCCGACUCCAACUGUAAUAUGGCCAAAUAACACGUGUCACACAUGGAUGUUCCAUUGUAACAACAAACAGUGUGUACCCUUCUGGUGGAAGUGCGAUGGUGUCAAUGACUGUGGUGAUGGUUCAGAUGAGCUAGGCUGUGGGAAGGACAGUGAGCCAAACAGUAGUACAUCCAGUUCAGUGCCUACUACUCCAGGGACGUGCAGUGAGAAUCAUUUCUGGUGUUAUAAUGGGAAAUGCAUACUGUCAUCAUGGGUGUGUGAUGGAGCCAAAGACUGCAAAGAAGGAGAGGAUGAGGAGAACUGUAAGACCACUAGAAGUUGUGGACCUGGUUUGUUUAUGUGCCAUAUCGAUGGAUCAUGUGUGCCCAUUUCACAAGCAUGUGAUGGAAUAGCUCAGUGUCCAGAUGCCUCUGAUGAAUUGGCUUGUCAUCUGAUGCCCAGUCAAUCCCCAAUUGGUUGUCCUCCAGCAUAUUUUCAGUGUGAUGUAAAUCAGUGCAUCCCAUUGACUCGAAUGUGUGACCAGCACUUGGACUGUUAUGAUGGAUAUGAUGAAAGCAAUUGUAACAACAGCACCACAAAAAUUUACCAGGUGACUCAGAUGGGAGUUGAUGACCAUGGAUCAAAUUCAUCUACAUUGCAUUUAUACUGGUGGAUCCGCAACUUUUCUGAACCACUUGAGUUUCUUCCAUCAUAUGCUGAAGUAUUUAAUCAAAAGAAUGUCAGCUGGACAAAUACUACAUGGAUAGAUCGUUAUGGGUAUCUCUUCUCCAACUUGAAGCCAUAUACCAUGUAUAAUUUGACUGUAUAUGUGAGAGUGAAAGGCCAGAAGCAGGUAUACCCUCCAGCGAAAUAUGUGACUGCAACAACUGGUGAGGGAGUGCCAUCACCUCCUUGGAAUGUGACGGUGAUACAGAGGAAUGCACAUCAGGUUGUUGUAAGUUGGCAAGCCCCAAAAUAUCCGAAUGGGAACAUUGUCAGUUAUGUGGUAUUUCUGACACCACCCAUUCCACCUAUUCAAAAGUUACAAAAUGGUACCAAGACCAGUUUUGUUAUGAAUAGUGACUAUGAGGCUGAUAAGAAGUAUUUUUUCUGGGUGAUAGCAAGAAAUAAAGCUCAUGACAGUGACAGCUCAUCACUAGCAACUUUGACAUUUGAUGGAGAUGCUGCUAUUGAAGCCAUUGAAGGCUUGAUGUGGGACCAUAAAGACAACAGAAGCAUUAGCCUGACUUGGAAGAAGGUGGCCAAAGCUGAUGGCUAUUAUGUGAUUCCCAAAAGCAUGCCUCCAUAUCCAAAUCUUGAUAUGAAUACUACAAAAACAAAUAACAUUACAGUAACAAACCUAGCUCCUGGAACACCUUACAUCAUGGAGGUGUCAGCCUAUAAGAAAUCGUUCACAGGCCUACCUGCAUCCAUCACUGUAAAAACAGAUGGUGAGCCACUCCCCCAAGUUUCAGGAUUAGUAGUAGAUGUAUCCAAGACUGAUGGUACCACUGUAACAGUCCGUUGGGACAUUCCAAAGGAUGGAAUAUACAGAGAGAAAUGGGAAUAUGGUAUCUACUAUGCACUGAAUACAACAGAUCUGCUUUCAGGUCCUAAGCAAAGAACAAGCAAUUUGACUGCAAACGUAACAAACUUGGAAGCAUGUGAGUCUUACAUUUUUGCUGUGGGAGUCAUAGGCCCCCUUGGUUUUGGUCCACUAUCGGCUAAUCCAGUCUCUUUGGUAACAAGAUUCAAUAUGAAUGCUGCCCCGAAGAAUCUGACAGUGUUUUCAGAUCCUCACAAUGAAACAGUUAUGAACAUCCAGUGGCGUUCUUCCUGUCCUGCAAUGGUUGAUGAGAUUGGAUACAUGGUUACAGUUACUGAAGUGAACUUGAACUUCAGUUCCUCAGUCACAUUGCACCCCACAUCGAAGACUGAGCUCUCCCACUGGUUUGUUGUCCAUUAUGGAGGUCAUUACAGGGUGACAGUGCAAACAAACACUAGCAGUGCUAUUCCAACAAAACCUGUUGAGUAUGUAGCGCCACCUAUCCAGCCCCCACAUCAGCUCCAGGUUCUUCCUGAACGUAAUGGCAGUUACAUAGUAUACUGGAAGGAGAGGGGUCUUCCAGCUGCAAUUGCCAAUAUGACGUUCAGGUAUAUUGUACUUGUGUCCCAAGGAUCUGUCUUAAAUGUGAGCACAGCUACACAGUACAGUGCCUCUGGCCCACCUUUCAUAUUGAGCAAAGUGCAGGAGGGAACCAUCUACUCUUUUGCUGUUGUGCUGGAGACAGGUGAUGGGUAUCGUUCACAUAUGUCAGAAGUGAGGUCUGUUGAGAUGCCAGUGGGUUCCUGGAAAGCAGUACUGUCACCUCGAAACAUUGUCAGUGUGGUGGUGCCAGUAGGACUGGUUAUGAUAGCACUCUGUGGUGCAUUGGCUUUCUUUGUGUUGCGACAUCGCCGUCUGCAGCGUAGCUUCUCAUCUUUCGCAAAUAGUCAUUAUGACACACGGUCAGGUGCAGCAACUUUCUCUGGUGGUGAUGGUCUUGAUGAAGAAGAUUCUCCUGUUAUUCGUGGUUUCUCUGACGAUGAGCCAUUGGUGAUAGCUUGAGUGGAGUUUCCUCAUUGAGACCAUAAUUCAGUGUCAAAUCUCUGUGAUACUGUAAUUGAUAAUACUGUUUUAUUAACAUGUACCAUGCUUAAAAUUUGAUUUAAUUGUUGAUUAUUUGAAAUUGUAAUGCUGCACUGUUGAUAGCUUCCACUCAUGACUACUGCUGAGUUAUCCAUUUUGUGGGUUUACUGUUGGAAACUCUGCCUUGGAACUUCUUAAUUGAUAUAUUGUCUGCACAGUGUGUCAUUAGUGGUGCUGCAGGACAAUUUCAGAACAAGUAUUUUUUAGUAAAGGACAUUCAAACAAAUUAAAAUAGUUAAACUUUGGACCCUAAUUUGUUGUAGGUUGUGACUUGUUGCAUGUAGUGCAUGUGUGGAAAAAUGGUAGUAUUUUUUAGUGAAAACAUUUUUAUUUUACAAAAUAUUUUGUAUUAUUCUUUCUUACUCUCCUUCAAGUUUCAUCGUUUUUAUAGUUUAGUGUAAUUUUAUCUUCAGAUGUUUGAACAUGUGUGCUUUAGCACUUUAGUUUGUAAAUUUGUAUUAUAUUGAAAAGUCUUUAUGUGAGUACACUUUGUCAGAUUGGUUUGCGUAAACCUGAAGAAUGUGAUAUGGUAAUUAUUAAUUGAACACAGAAUGUUACACAUGAUGGAAUCUGAUUAACGAGUCUCCUCAUCAGAAUAGUAUUUUAUCAGCAGUCUUAAAAUAUAUGUAUUAACUAAUGUGAUGUAAAAAACAAAGUAAAUAUGCUACCUUCCAAACCAUCCAGGUUUUGAAAUGUUCACCCCCCCCCUCCUAUUGUUUCAUCUUACAGUGAUUGGAUAUGACAUACUGUUGGCACUAGUGUUCUUUGUUUACCAAAAGAAAAACUUCGAACUGUGUUACCUGCAUCCAGCCAAAGAUUUCUGAAAUCUUGCUUUUGUUCUCUUAUUGUGCCAGAUAAACUCUUUAAUUGUAUUGCUUAAAAUCAUAAAUGUAAAUAUGACAAUAUUCUGUUAUUUGCAUUGUGAACAUAGUAAAUUUCAAUAAAAUACUUAAAUUGUU